AUGUUGCGAGUCAUGGGGGGGCCCUCGGUCGAUUGGAACAGACUCUAUGCAGUCCCACCCACCACCACCCCUACAUUCUUCAUGGAAGGUUACGACGGCCCCUCUCCCCCCAUUCCUCCCAUUACGUCAACCAUUUCUACAUCGGCAAAUUCGCCGCUCCCAGCCCAAUCUUCACUGCCCCCAAUAUCGGCAGACACACAAGCGUCACCUGUCCCAAUACCGAAUUCGUCGCUCCCAGCCCUGCCCCCAAUAUUGGCAGACACAUCUGUCCCGAUACCGAACGCUCCCCAAUGCCAAUCAACUCCAGAAGCCGGCCCAGCACCAGAAAAGAAGCCAGCCAAGCCCAAACCUCAACAAAGUCAAGCAAAACCCAAUGCCGGCACAAGCAGUGGGAGAAAGAGGAGAGGGGACUCCUUGGACGUCCGGCCAAGGAAGACCCGCAUUGUCAGUGCACAACACAUUGAGGAAAGCAGCGAUGAGGAGAUUCCCACGCUGAAGCCCAAUUCACGAAACUCAGGCAACACUGCCAAGCCGAGGUCGAAACAACAGCCAGUUGUCGAGAUAACAGUAAAGCCCAGGUCCAAAGCGACACCUCGGGUUAGCCCAGAGACAGCUACAAAGGCGGCACUAAAGGCCCAGGCAUCAGCAGAGAAGCUUGAAAAGCAGAAUGCGGCCAUUAAAAUGGGAGAAUACAAGCUUGCCAUUGAGCCCUGCGUAGCCUGCAGUAAACGAAAGGACAAAGAGACCGUCCCAUGUGCAGAGAGCACCAGCGGUGGGCUCGCCGCCUGUUUCACUUGCAACACGGGCAAGACGAAAUGCAGCAAGGCAGGGGGGAAUUCAAAGAAGAAGACUGAGGGAGAGGAGGCAGAGGAAGUGAAGAUCGUGGUCAAGAAAACCAAGAAGCGCAAGGCAAAGAAGGAUGAAGAAGCCAAGGACGGGGGAGAGAAGGGAAAGAAGAAAGCCAAGAAAUCGAAGGCUAAGAAGUCGGAACGAAUGGCAGAGGGAGCCGAGGACGGGGGAGAGGAGGAAAGUGUGGUUGUCGUUCAAAAACCCAAGACGAAGGCAACGAAGCAGGAUGUAGAAAUGGCCAAGGUUUCUGAGGGAGAGUCCUUCGAUUUCGAGUCUAUAAAGGAGGAGGAUUCAGAGAUGGUGGACAUGACCUCUGGUGUGGACGCCGAGGUAGGUACUUCUUCCCGACCUGACAAAGGCAAGGCACAGGCAACUCCAGCCAUCGUCAUUGAACAACCAACACCAACACCCCCAGUUCAACCCAAGUUGAGUCUGGCCAUGGAUGAAGUGCCCACCGUGCCCGAUGUUGGCCAAUCAUCAGGUAAGAGUUUAUCAAAUCAGUUUUUCCUUACUAACCAGCCUAGCUUCCCUCAUGCCCAACCUUGGGCAAUCAUCAGCAACAGGGAUCAUGCCCGACCUCAGGCAAUCAUCAGUUUUUCUUUUCUAACCAAGGUAGAUUUUGCUGCAACGCUCAUCAUGCCUGACCUCGGGCAAUCAUCAGGUAAUGCUGCAAUGCCCAUUGUGCCCGACCUUGGCCAAUUGUCAGCAAUGUACAUCAAGAAGGUGGAUUUCAGGUCCCACACUCUGCCACCGGCAUUCGACAUGCAUGCGAUCCAGCAUGAGAUCAGGAGACUCGGUCAAGAUCAGACCGACAUUCAAAACACUCUCCAUGAACAACAGGCUCAGCUGACCAUCGCAUCAGAGCAUACCAGCAUCGACCCGAGUGCUCUUCUCCCCCCAUUCGUGAACUCCACGUCACUCAGCCAAUGUCUGGCCUCCCUGGAGGAAAUGACCUGGAGACUUCAAGAGGUUGAAUCCGCUGGCGAUCGUCUUGCUGAACAAGUCAAAACUUUGGAAACAUUGUCGUGGUUCGAGGAGGAAAGAAGAAGCAAUGCAUACACUGCGAGGAUGGACCGAUUUGAAGACCUUCACCAAGCACGGUGGAAGGAUGCCAAAGCCAGGCUCCAAGACCAUCAGAUGGACUUGUGCACGAUAAGGGUUCAGCAUGACGCUUUUGAGGGGGAGGUCAGGAAUAUGAUGAAGGUCACGCCGGCUGCAUUGCAAGAACAAGUUGCGGCCAAACUUACAAACCGAGUCCACCAGGCCGAGCAAGCACAGGAGACUCUGACUACAUCCUAUAGCGCACUUACCAAGGGUCAGAUAAAACUUGGUAACCAACAAACGAUCGUGGAACAAAUUGUCCUCAAUCAUUUUGGCCACAAAAUCAUGACCGACACCCAGAUCGAUGUGACCAAGGGGACGGCUGAUAUUGGCAUCAACAUGAUGAAGGGUACUGUGGAUAUGGGCAUCAACACUGAUAAAUCAGCAGAGGAAUUGGUCCAAGCAUCGAGCCCAGCCCCAAUCCAGUCAGCAGCUCCUCCGACGCCGGCGCAAGCUUUGAGCCCAGCUCCAAUUCAAUCGGCAGCUGUGCAAGCUUUGAGCCUGCCUCCAAUUCAACCCACAGCUCCUUCAAAUCUGGUUCAAGCUGAGAGCCCGGCCCCAAUCUAUUUGGCUCCAAAGCCAGUUCAUGCAACACGCCGCGGCAGAUCACCCUCUCCCUUCACAGUUGGCACCAGGAGGUCUCCUUGGCUGAUAGCUUCAUCUGAUGAUCAUCCUUCGACUCCCAUUAAUGAAGACCCGCAAUAA